AUAUAGCUAAGCUCAAAGCAACUAAUAUCAGUAAGAUCGAAUACCUCCUCGGUAAACGGACUGACUUAGAUCCAAUUUAAGAAAAAGUAUUAUACUGCUAAAGUCCUCUUUUGAAUUGUAAAUUGUAGACACAUAAAAAUGAAGAUGAUCCAAUUUCUCUUCAAGUUUGCCAUAUUCCUCUUGAACUUCACCUCGAUUGUGUUGUCAGCCGCAAUUCCGAACCAGUGUGAAAUACCAACGAAUCUGAAAGUCCAAUAUGAGAGUCUCUCCAAUGCAGCCAUUGGCAAUAAUUUUUUUCUACCAGCUGAAAUGUCUCCAGCCGGAAGUAAACAAUCACUGACCGACGGGGAUAAAACUUGCCCAACAUCUACUGCUUCUACAAAUAACAUACGCGAGCGCUCUACCUGUCCUUGGUACCUGACCAUAACUCAUGAUACAACAAUUUUCCCUCCAUCACGUACUGAAGUUAUGUGUCGAUGUACAAAGUGUUUAGACACUGACAGUGGCAACCAUGAAUGUGUGAUGGUUUAUACUCCAAUGACUGUCCUGAAACGUACAGGCGAAUGUGUUGAUGGACUGUACGUUUAUAAACCAAGUGUGAUUAAAGUGGCCACAGCCUGUGCGUGUGCACGGAAGGUUGAUGUCAUUGAGAAGGAAACUGAGCAUGACUAUGAGUCAUAGCAAAUGUUAAAAUAAUUAAUUGUACACUGCGUAUCCCGCAAGAAUUUUUCAUAGUUUUAUGAAAUUUGAUGUACACCAUUAUGUGGUGAUUAAUGGAUGGAUGCAUGCAUGCAUGCAUACAUGCAUACACCACAUACAU